AUGAUCAGCGUCUCUACAACACUUCGAAGAACCGCAAACUCUCAUCUCGCACGAGGAUUCCGUGCCCCAACUCCAUACACCUCGCCUGCGAUCCAGCCCUUUUCUAAAAUGGCAGAGAAGCCUACCGCCCGGCGACGGAUGAACAAUCCCGCCAUCUUUGUAUGCGACCUACAAGAGAAGUUCCGCAACGCGAUCUACGAGUUCGACAAAGUCGUCCUCACCACCCAAAAGGUCCUUCGCGCAGCCCAAGCCCUCAACAUCCCAAUCUACACGACGACGCAAAACCGCGCGCGCCUGGGCGAAACCGUGCCCGAGCUGCAGCAGUACCUAGACUCGCCGCUAUGCAAGACACACGCCGACAAGACCCUCUUCUCCAUGUUCAUCCCGUCCGUGACGGAGAAGCUGGGCACCGCCCCCGCCGAGAUCGUGCUGGUGGGCAUCGAGUCUCACAUCUGCAUCACGCAGACGGCGCUCGACGCCCGCGCCGCCGGCCACAAGGUGUAUGUGCUCGCCGACGGGGUCAGCAGUUGUAAUAAGGAGGAGGUCCCCAUCGCGCUGGCGCGGCUGAGGGCCGAGGGCGUUGUUGUCACCACGAGCGAAAGCUGGCUUUAUGAGUUUGUGGGUGAUGCGGGGAUACCCGAAUUCAAGUCCAUAAUCGGUAUUGUUAAGGAUACGUCGGCGGACACGAAGAAGGUCCUGCAGACUCUGUCUCCUGUCCAGGGGGCGUCGAAGAUUUAG